AUGGCAAAAAAAAAAAAACAAAUACAUUUGAAUAUAAUUGAUUUUCAAAAAUAUUAUCAAACUGAUGAUUUAUUAUUAGAUACCUCCAUAUCCACAGAAAAAAAAACAGUAGAUAGUCAAAAAUUUAUAAGAAAAAACAGAACGUUAGAAAAGGAUGAAGUGGUUCAAAAUAUAGACUGGAGAACUUUUGAUAAUGAAAAAGAAAAAGAAAAAGAAACAAAUAAUGAGAAUACUUCAAAUGUAAAUAAAAUAAAAAGUCCUGGACAAGAAAAAAAAAAUUUUAAAAAAAAUAAUGAUGUUAUAACAUUAGGAGCACGUAAUAAAAAUAAAUCAACCAAUUUAAAUGCUGAUGAUUUAGAUUUUACAAACUUGAGAAAUAAAAAAAAAGAAAAUGAAGAUGUUGAUUUUUCAAAUUUAAGAAAUAAAAAAAAAGAAGAUGAAGAUGUUGAUUUUUCAAAUUUAAGAAAUAAAAAAAAAGAAGAUGAAGAUGUUGAUUUUUCAAAUUUAAGAAAUAAAAAGAAAGAAGAUGAAGAUGUUGAUUUUUCAAGUGUAAGAAAUAAAAAGAAAGAAGAUGAUUUAGAUUUUUCAAAUUUAAGAAGUAAAAAGAAAGAAGAUGAUAUGGACUUUUCAAAUUUAAGAAAUAAAAAGAAAGAAGAUGAUUUAGAUUUUUCAAAUUUAAGAAAUAAAAAAAAAGAAGAUGAAGAUGUUGAUUUCGCAAAUUUAAGAAAUAAAAAAAAAGAAGAUGAUUUAGACUUUUCAGAUGUAAGAAAUAAAAAGAAAGAAGAUGAUUUAGACUUUUCAGAUGUAAGAAAUAAAAAGAAAGAAGAUGAUUUAGAUUUUUCAAAUUUAAGAAAUAAAAAAAAAGAAGAUGAUUUAGACUUUUCAGAUGUAAGAAAUAAAAAGAAAGAAGAUGAUUUAGAUUUUUCAAAUUUAAGAAAUAAAAAGAAAGAAGAUGAAGAUAUUGAUUUCUCAAAUGUAAGAAAUAAAAAGAAAGACGAUGAUUUAAACUUUUCUGAUAUAAGAAAUAAAAAGAAAGAAGAUGAUUUAGACUUUUCAAAUUUAAGAAAUAAAAAGAAAGAGGAUGAUUUAGAUUUUUCAAAUGUAAGAAAUAAGAAGAAAGAGGAUGAUUUAGACUUUUCAAAUUUAAGAAAUAAAAAAAAAGAAGACGAUAUGGACUUUUCUAAUUUAAGAAAUAAAAAAAAAGAAGACGAUAUGGACUUUUCUAAUUUAAGAAAUAAAAAGAAAGAGGAUGAUUUAGAUUUUUCAAAUUUGAGAAAUAAAAAUAAAGAAGAAUCCAAGGGAAAUGAUACAAAUAAAAGUGAGAAACCACUUUAUCUAAGAAGAUUAGAAGAAUAUAGAAAAAAAAAGAAACUUGAGAGUCAAGCAAAUGAGGCAGAAAUGAAAGUAAAAGAAGAAGUAAAAGAAGAAGUAAAAGAAGAAGUAAAAGAAGAAAUAAAAGAAGAAGUAAAAGAAGAGGUAAAAGAAGAAAUAAAAGAUGAGGUAAAAGAAGAAAUAAAAGAAGAAGUAAAAGAAGAGGUAAAAGAAGAAAUAAAAGAAGAAGUAAAUGAAGAAAUAAAAGAAGAAGUAAAAGAAGAAGUAAAAGAAGAAAUAAAAGAAGAAGUAAAAGAAGAGGUAAAAGAAGAAAUAAAAGAUGAGGUAAAAGAAGAAAUAAAAGAAGAAGUAAAAGAAGAGGUAAAAGAAGAAAUAAAAGAUGAGGUAAAAGAAGAAAUAAAAGAAGAAAUAAAAGAAGAAGUAAAAGAAGAGGUAAAAGAAGAAAUAAAAGAUGAGGUAAAAGAAGAAACAAAAGAAGAAGUAAAUGAAGAAAUAAAAGACGAAAUAAAAGACGAAAUAAAAGAAGAAAUAAAAGAAGAAAUAAAAGACGAAGUAAAAAAUGAAAUACCAAGUGAAACAACGAAAGAAGAAAUAAAUAAAGAACAGAAAAAGGAAGAAACCGAAAAAAAGAAAUUUAUUCCUAAAAGAGUUAUUAUGUAUCAACAAGAAUUAAAAGAGAAAGAAGAAAGAAAUUUGAAAUUAUUAGAAGAACAAAGAAAAGAGAGAGAACUGAGAUUACAACAAAUUCGAAGUAAAAUCCAAGGUACUUCAUCAACUUUUAUUCCAUCUGCAAAAUUAAAGCAUUUGGAAUCUUUAAAAGAGGAAAAGAAAAAAGAUGUAAAAACAAAUAUACCUCCUAAAGAUAAUAAUAAUAAUAAUAAUAGUAAUAUUACUGUUUUAAAAAAUAAUAAAAAUGAAGAACAAACUGUUAUUAAAAAAAAAAGUAUAUUCUUAGAAAUAGCUGAAAAAACAGAAAAUGCAAAAAUUGUUGAAAAAACAGAUAUUGAAGAAAUAGCAAAAAAAAAGAGAGAAGAACUUUACAAAAAACAAUUAGAAAAAAUUACAAAAAAAAAUGAAGAACAUAUAAAAUAUAAUAAUAUUUAUAAACAUGAUGUAAAUAUAAUAAAGAAUUUUUAUAAUGAAAUAAAAGAUAAAAUAAUUCAAAAUUAUUAUUUUAAUCAAGACGAUUGUAUUUCCUUAUGUUCAAUCUUAAAAACGGAUGACUGUAACUAUAUGGAGAGUCACGUACCUUUUUAUGUGGCUAUAUCCAUUUUUAUGUUAAGUCUACCACAGAAACUUCAAAUUGACGAUUAUUUCAAGAGAGCUAGCAAUAUCAAAAACCUUCUCAUUUAUUUAAAAGAAAAUAGCAAAAUUGAAAACCACGAAGAUUAUAUAUUAAAUGAUACCUUAAAAUUUUGUGACCAGUUAAAAUAUCCACACUUGUCAGAAGAAACAUCAUUAAUUGAAACCAUAUUUGACACACUAUUAUAUUCUGGAGUUAUAUCAAAAAGUUCCUUUAUAAAAUGGUUCCAAGAUGAUGAUGAUUUAUAUACAGAAUUAAAAAGUAAAGCUAUGUUACAGUUAAUAUAUUGGCAUAAGUGGCUAACCGAAGAAGAAAAGGACCAAGAAGAAGAUAUGGAUGAAUUAGAUGACACAGAAGAAAAAAAUAUAAGUGAUGUUUCAGAUAUAGAAAAAAAUGUUCCAAAAAAUUUCAUUUUUAAAAAAAUUAAAAAGAAACUCUUCUAA